UUCUCAGCAUACAUACCCCUAAGAUGGAUUUGAUGUUCGUUCCCAGGAUGACAUAAUCAACAGACAUGUUCAACCUCAGGCUCGUCCAUCUGCAUUAACUUAAUCCAUUCUGCAUGAGUACAAAAGGGUACUUCGCGUUUCCUCCUUCAACUCCGGGCACAUCAAAAUCAUCAUACCCCGCAUUUAUACCCCAGUCCCCCAAUACCAAAGAGACACUCGUUGACAAAAGUGGACCUGAGAAAGGGGACGAGACGCGUAGCGAGAAACCACCACACGAUGAAGAUCGUAUCAAUCGACUUCACAAGGAACGGGAGCUCAUAGAAAUGAGCGAAAUAGAGUGGGUUCGAGGCGGCGGAGUUCUGCGCGACGCACAAGGGCGGCGCGAUAAAGCCCGUACGGAACGCAUUCGCGCAGAGCUCAAGCUACAAGAAGAAGAAAAGGCAAAAAUGGGUAGAUGGAAAGAGUACGACGAUCGGUGGAAGGCACUGGCCGCGUCAGAUAAGGCUCUCGCAUUCGCAGAUAUCCCAUGGCCGCUCCGGACAGCGCCUUCCCCCACAGAUACCGACGCUUUCACGCUACCUGCGAUUUCAGAGUUUCUGUUCGAGUCUCUUUCUGUCCGGAGUAACACGGUCACGAAGAAGAGUAGGAUCCGCAGCUCGAUAUUGCGGUGGCACCCUGAUAAGAGCUCAUUGGUUGUUGGCAGGGUUGUGGCUGAUGACGUGGAUGCUGUUCGAGAAGUAAUACCGUGUAACAAAAUACAUGCCUUACUAGCAUUCUGCGAACGAAUGACGUUGAGGUUAACGUUGAAUUCAACGCGUAGUACAGAACUCAACAUGUGUACGUACGUACACGAGGCUUGUGCAUGUACGAUUGCGCUGCGUUGUACACAGCUGCCUGUUAAGUAUCUCGACUCCUUCACUUCCCUCCGUCUCAUAUUCCCUCUGACCUAUCUAACCCACCCGACCAAAAUGCCCUCUCCGCCGCUCAAGGAUUUUUUUCAAGGAUUUCCAUCUAAGCAAAGUAUUCGCAGUUCGAUUGAGGCGCCUCGCAGAGAAAGGACGUACACAACACAGUUCGACAAUCACCCACCAUGAUGGCAAUUACUCCAUUCCUGCAGAUAUCCGAGUCCCUGUUCACCCUGGUUCUCUGGCCAGGAAUCCAGGUCUCGAAGUCACCAUCAAUAUUUCCUCCACCACAU